GCCGGCGCAGUCGCACCGCCGCCGCUCGCUCGCGCUGACUGGAUGCCUGGGGAAGAAAACUUGCUAUGCACUGGAUUGCAUUGUCCAGUAGUGCAUCGCAAUUGUGUCGGAGCGAAACUGUAGCGCGCGCGGUGCGAUUCCUCUCUCGCCGGUUCUGGCGCGAAACGCGUGGUGUGGUCUCAUCUGGUGUCGAUCGAGAUUACGCAUUUGCCGGGUUCGGUGUACGUUACCGUGGUGGAUUUUGGGGGGCAGUGAAGCUGCGGUUACGUGGCUGUCUGGGUCUGGAAUAUGUAACUAAUAGUGCCUUUUAGAUAUUUUGUUUGGUGUUCGUUGAAAACAGGGAGAAUAUAAAGUAUACUUACUUACCAAGAACGCGACCUUCACUGAUAGUUAACAUUGCAAAUAUGGUCGAUGGCGACCACGACGCUGGUGUCGAGAGUGUUUAGAAGAUUCGCCUGGAAAAACAAACUGUGUUAGUGUGCACAUUGCCUUGGGGCUUGUUGUAAACAGAACAGCGUGAGCAAGUUCGCGUGCAAAUAGUGUACAGCAGAGGAAAGGGCUUUCUGUGAUAAUAGCGCGGAAUGGCGAAAAAUUGUCAUCGUACAUUAUGCUGAUGAUACACAGUUUUGAUGGGCUCUUCCGGAUUGAUAAACACGAUAGAUUUGUAAUAUGCUCACGGAAUGUCUUCCGGUGCCACAGACAGGACGACUGAAGGAUGAUCUAUACUAAAAGUGCAAACAACGCCGGAAAUGAUCAUUUGACGGCAACUACCGUGUCGACGGUCGCCGUUCCCAACGCAGCGCUGUUGGACUCUAUGCAUGCGAGCAUGGCCGCCGUGUCGAAUCUCAACAGCCAUCAGCAGAGUCUACCGUCGGGCGGUGCUGGGACCUUACAUAUGGGAGUUGACCACGGUGGCCAUCAUCACGACGAUGGCGGCGUUGUUGGGAAUGGGGCAGCUGAAAGGAAAAAACGGAAAUUUUCGUACAACGACAAUAGUGAUAUUGAAGAUGACACUGGUGAUGAUGCAAAAUCUGUUCGAACAACAGACGACAAUAAAAAGCAAAACCACAGUGAAAUUGAAAAGCGUCGACGUGAUAAAAUGAACACCUACAUAACCGAGCUCUCGGCUAUGAUUCCCAUGUGCCAUGCCAUGUCCCGGAAGCUGGACAAACUGACGGUCCUCCGGAUGGCCGUUCAACACCUGAAAACGAUACGAGGGGCCGUCCACUCGUAUACCGAAGGUCACUAUAAGCCGGCCUUCCUCUCCGACCAGGAGCUGAAAAUGCUGAUCCUGCAGGCGGCCGAAGGUUUCCUGUUUGUGGUCGGCUGUGAUCGAGGGAGAAUUCUGUACGUGUCGGAAUCCGUCUCGCAGAUACUGAAUUAUUCUCAGGGGGAUUUGCUGGGUCAGAGUUGGUUCGAUAUUCUCCAUCCUAAGGAUGUGGCAAAGGUCAAGGAGCAGCUAUCCUCUUCGGAUCUCAGUCCAAGGGAACGGUUGAUAGAUGCUAAAACAAUGCUUCCGGUUAAAACGGAUGUCCCGCAAGGCGUAACGAGGCUGUGUCCGGGUGCAAGGCGUUCGUUCUUUUGUCGAAUGAAGUGCAAAACGAAUAUUCAGGUGAAGGAGGAAACCGAAUCUAACAAUUCGCCGUCCAACUGUCAUCGGAGAAAAAGUAAAGUUAAUUCAGACAAGAAAUAUUCAGUCAUUCAAUGCACCGGUUACCUCAAAUCCUGGGCACCAGCAAAAAUCGGACUAGAAGAGCACGAAACGGAUGGCGAAGGCGAGUCGUGCAAUCUUUCCUGCCUGGUUGCCGUCGGACGGGUCCAACUGAAUCUGUUCCAGAACCAAAUCACCAACGGUAACGGCAAUCUUCCGAAUCGUCGUCCAACGGUAGACAGCGGCGGAAACGGCGCAUCCACCGCCACCAACGGCUGUAAGGGCCUAAAUCGGAAUAACAUUCCAAACCUGAGAAAUGUACAAUUCAUAUCGCGCCAUGCGAUGGAUGGCAAGUUCCUAUUCGUGGACCAACGGGCCACUCUGGUGUUGGGGUUCCUUCCGCAAGAGCUGUUGGGUACCAGCAUGUACGAGUACUAUCACCACGAAGACAUUCCGGCGUUGGCUGAGUCGCAUAAGGCUGCCUUACAAGGGAACCAGUGUGUGACGACUUCGGUUUACCGAUUACGAACCAAAGAGAACGGUUUCGUGCGACUGCAAAGUGAGUGGAAAUCGUUUCGAAACCCAUGGACCAAAGAGAUCGAGUAUCUGAUAGCGAAGAACAAUGUCAUUCUGGUGGACCUGGCGGAAGCCACGAGAGGCAGUUUCAGUGGAAUAAACGCGAACUUGCAAAGUGGCUGCAACGGGAACGACGGCACCGGCAACAACGAGAUCAACGACGGCAACAACAACAACGAAAAUAAUGAACAAAGUACGGUUGGAUAUGAAAUUUUUAACCAUUCGAAUGGUCGUGAGAUACAACGAAUGAUAAACUCACAUGUGGAGGCUAGUAAAAUAGGUCGUCAGAUAGCAGAGCAGGUUUUGGAUCAUCAACGCAGGAUAGGAGAUUCUUCGUCAGAGAGCAGUCCUGACCCUACCGACUCGGCCAUAGCGCAAAGCUUUAACCCAGCCAUCCAAGAAUCCAACAACGCAUCGAGUGAGGCUAUUGCGGCUUCUUCCUCUGGGGUUUCACCAACGUCUUCCUCAAAUGGUGGCGGUGGAAGCGGAGGAGGCAAUGGGAAUGUAGGAGGAGCGGCAGCAGGAGCCGUUUCAACGGGUGCCACAACCGGACCACCAGUGCAACGAAUAAACGGCACAUUGCCGGGUUACAACCAUGUUCGAAGUAACAGCAUCGUCAGUCCAGAACAUGAGGCUUCCCAUAGUCAAACCAACAGUAACGACGGCAACGAUGAAGCGGCAAUGGCAGUGAUAAUGAGUCUUCUGGAAGCUGAUGCUGGCUUGGGAGGUCCUGUCGAUUUUUCCGGGCUACCGUGGCCAUUGCCAUGAACCAAUGAAUCAAUACGCACCUUAGAGGCAUUUGUUAUUAUGAUAAAAUAUGAGUUAACCUCCUUAGUCAACCAACCACGCAAUGAAUCAGAGUUACCAAUAUAAUGAUUUAGUCAAGUUGAAAGGGGAACAAUUAUUUAAGUAGACCAAGUCAUUUAUCAAUAUUGUGUUUUAUUGCCAAGCUCCUAGAUGGAAUAAAUCAGGCGAUAUUUUCGCUUCA